AGCGCUACUAAAUGCGGUCGGUCGCGUGUUGUUGACGCUACGCUUUUGACAUUGGCAUGAAGCGUGAUAGAAGGGCAACGUUAACAUAAGUUAUUUUAACCUUAAACCUUGACGCUUUUUAAAUACAAUAAUUCAUGUAUGUGUAUAUUCGGCGCAAAGACUCCAAACGAUUCUUCUCCGUUAUUAGCUGACAAAGUAUUCGCUGUAAUUAUGGCUUUCCCCCUGCUUUCAAAAUCUCUAACUGGGCUCCUUGUAGAGUCAUCGUCUAUAAUUCAUCAGAGGACCUUUAGUGUAUCUGCUGUUGCAGCGGCCAUUCAAAAGAUGACAAGAGUGCGUGUAGUGGACAACAGCUCUCUUGGAAAUACACCAUACCACCGACCCCCGAGGGUGAUCCAUGUCUACACCAAGAAUGGUGUGGGAAAAGUUGGUGACAAAGUGUUGCUUGCCAUCAAAGGACAGAAGAAGAAAGCGCUCAUCGUUGGACACAAGAUGCCUGGAGAACGCAUGAGUCCGCGCUUUGAUUCGAACAAUGUUGUUCUGAUUGAGGACAAUGGAAACCCUACAGGAACAAGGAUUAAGGUCCCUAUCCCCACACAUCUGCGUAAAGUAGAGGGCGAUUACGCCAAAGUCCUAGCAAUUGCUAGUGCAUUUGUUUAAUAGCCGCAAUCUGUACUGUGAUUUUUGAAAUAUGCUGUAUAUUGUACAUCUGCUUGAACAUAUUAAGCUUGUAUAUGUUCUUGCUUUCAGUAAACUUUAAAAAGGAACAUACACAAUUAUCGUCUCUGGAAUUCUGUAAAUGUGAUAGACUCAAACCUUUGUCAACAUGUUUGGCAUCCUAAAGAGGCCUCUCUGUGCUUAAAAUAAAUAACUUUUAGCUUUAAGGCAUAGAAUAGGAGCUUCUUGGGUAGUUUAAGCAACCAAAUGUGGGUCAAACUCAUGUUAUUAUGAACACAAUGAAUAAACAGAAAGCAUGAA